AUGGUCCAGAGCAGAGUGGGAGCACUGCAGUCACACUCCUCUAGAAACAAUUCCCUUGUUUUUGGCAGGAUGGAGGCAUCCUGCCUGGAGCUGGCCCUGGAAGGAGAGCGCUUGUGCAAGGCUGGGGACUUCAAAGCUGGGACAGCCUUCUUUGAAGCAGCAGUGCAGGUGGGGACAGAGGACCUGAAGACUCUCAGUGCCAUCUACAGCCAGCUGGGCAAUGCCUAUUUCUACCUGAAGGAGUAUUCCAAGGCCCUGCUGUACCACAAGCACGACCUUACCCUGGCCAGAACCAUUGGGGACCGAAUUGGAGAAGCCAAGGCAAGUGGCAACCUUGGGAAUACCCUGAAAAUCCUGGGGCAGUUUGAUGAAGCUGUGGUUUGCUGCCAGAGACACUUGGACAUUUCUCAGGAGCAGGGAGACAAGGUAGGUGAAGCCAGAGCUCUCUAUAAUAUAGGGAAUGUUUACCAUGCAAAGGGAAAGCACUUAUCCUGGAACACAGCCCAGGACCCGGGCUACCUGUCUCAGGAAGUCAAGGACACACUACAGAAAGCUUCAGAAUAUUAUGAGAGGAACCUGUCCCUGGUGAAGGAGCUGGGGGACAGAGCUGCACAGGGCCGUGCCUACGGCAACCUUGGCAACACCCAGUACUUACUGGGCAACUUCAGCGAGGCCAUUGCCUUCCACAAGGAGCGCCUGGCCAUCGCCAAGGAGUUUGGGGACAAGGCUGCCGAGCGCAGAGCCUACAGCAACCUGGGCAACGCCCACAUCUUCCUGGGCAGGUUCGACAUCUCUGCCGAGUACUACAAGAAAACGCUCCAGCUCUCCAGGCAGCUCAAGGACCAAGCAGUAGAAGCCCAGGCUUGCUACAGCCUGGGGAACACAUGCACACUGCUUCAAGACUAUGAGAAAGCCAUUGAAUACCACCUGAGGCAUCUGGUGAUAGCACAGGAGCUGGGAGACAGGGUGGGAGAAGGAAGAGCCUGCUGGAGUCUUGGAAAUGCCUACGUGUCCCUGGGGAGCCACGAGCAGGCUUUGCACUUUGCAAGGAAACAUCUUGAAAUCUCCCAAGAGAUCGGGGACAGGAGCGGGGAGCUGACAGCCCAGGUGAACGUGGCCCAGCUCAGGGCAGCACUUGGCUUGGGCCCCGGGGAGGAGGACGUGGGGGCAGCUCAUCCCUACUCUGCCUACGAGGCACAAGCUCAAGAGUGUGCAAACCCCAGACAGUCGUGGACAGCCACCAGCAUCAGAGCAAGAGAAAAAGAUGAGUUGUUCUGCUGCCCGUGUCUAUUACAUUAA